AUGGCGGCCCCGGAAGCAGCCAGAUUCAACUAUGUUUACAGUUGUGAAUUGGACGCAAAUGUACAAAUUAAAAUAGGUACACUUGAAGGAAACAGAGAACAGAAAAGUUAUAAAGCUUUGGUGGAGGAUCCACAGCUACGUUUUUCUGGUCUGUACCGAGAGCAAUGUUCGGAUUUGUAUGUGACUUGUCAAGUAUUUUCUGACGGCAAGCCGCUUGCACUGCCAACAAGAACGUCGUAUAAACCGUUCAGCACUCGUUGGAACUGGACAGAAUGGUUGACUCUGCCAGUUAGAUUCUGUGACUUACCACGCAAUGCACAGGUUGCACUAACUAUCUGGGAUCUCUAUGGCCCUAGGAAAGCUAUACCAGUUGGUGGUACAACUGUUUCUUUGUUUGGAAAAUAUGGCACAUUUCGUCAGGGGAUGCAUGAUCUGAGGGUGUGGCCUAAUACUGAGGCUGACGGCAGUACAGCCACUACCACCUCUGGCAAGUCUACUGGUAAUAUUGAUGACCAAAUGUCUAAACUGGCCAAGCUGACCAAGAAACAUCGUAAGGGUCAUAUGGUCAAAGUGGAUUGGUUGGACAGACUCACAUUUAGGGAGAUUGAAAUGAUAAAUGAGAAAGAGAAGCGAAACUCUAAUUUUAUGUUCCUAAUGGUAGAAUUCCCCAGAGUACACUUUGAUGGGUUGGAGUAUACCAUUGUUUACUUUGAAAAGGAUGCAGAUGAAGUAGUUGAAGUGAAACCAUAUGCAGAGAUUGUCUUAGUACCUGAUCCUGAAAUUAUGAUGGAGAAUCUUGUUGAAAAUAAACAUCACAAAUUAGCUCGUAGUUUAAGAAGUGGUGUAUCUGACAGAGAUUUGAAACCAAAUGCUGCCACUAGAGAUCAACUUAAUGUAAUUGUUGGCUACCCUCCAACAAAAUCGCUCACUCUGGAAGAGGAUGAUUUAGUAUGGAAGUUUAGGUUUUAUUUGACAAACCAAAAACAGGCACUGACAAAAUUCCUGAAGUGUGUAAAUUGGGCAUUACCUCAAGAAGCCAAACAAGCACUGGAUCUACUUAGUAAAUGGCAACCUAUAGACUUUGUUGAUGCACUGGAGUUGUUGUCUCCGCAGUUCACUAAUCCCACUGUCAGACAGUACGCAGUUGCUAGGUUACAACAAGCUGAGGAUGAGAAAUUACAGCUUUAUCUUCUCCAACUAGUGCAAGCAUUAAAGUAUGAGAAUUUUGAUGAAAUCAAAGCAGGAUUAGAUUCACCACCAAGAAAAGAACAACAAACUCCAGACAUGUCUCCUAUAGACAGAGAGAGAACUGUAUCCGAUUUCCCUCUGAUGAAUCAGGCUUCUCCUGCUCCUUUCAUGUCAUUGAAACCACUGGUCAUUAUUGUUUUGUCUUUUUUCUUUCAGCGCUGCGAUUUAGCCACGUUUCUCAUCAACAGAGCCUGCCAUAAUUUCACAUUAGCAAGUUAUUUUUAUUGGUAUUUGUUAGUGGAAUGUGAUGACCAAGACAGUAUGUCAAAGGACAGUAAAACAUCUGAAAUGUAUAUCAACGUAAUGAAAAGAUUCAGCCAAGCAUUGGUCAAAGGUGGGCGACAAUGCCGAAUUCGCCGCGCUUUAUUGGCUCGACAACAGAUAUUCGUUGAUAGAUUGGUUUUUCUGAUGAAAACUGUUGCUAGGGAGAGUGGUAAUAGGAAAAAGAAGAUUGAAAGACUCCAAGCAUUAUUAUCAGACAAGGAAAUAUGCAAAAUGAGUUUUGACAGCUUUGAUCCAUUACCUCUGCCCCUUGACCCUGAUGUCAAAGUGAAUGGUAUCGCGAUAGAGAAAUCUACCCUAUUCAAGAGUGCUCUGAUGCCAUGUAAACUAACAUUUAAAACUGUGAUGAACUCAGAGUAUGUAACAAUAUUUAAAAAUGGUGAUGAUCUACGACAGGACCAGCUUAUUUUACAAAUUGUACAGUUGAUGGAUACUUUGCUUCGUCAGGAGAAUUUAGAUUUAAAGUUAACAACAUACAAAGCAAUAGCCACCAGCAGUCGUCAUGGAUUUGUGCAAUUUGUUGAAUCAACAGCUGUAGCUGAUGUCUUGUCAACAGAGGGCAGUAUACAAAAUUUCUUUCGAAAGCAUUCACCAAGUGAUAGCGGACCUUAUGGCAUCAAUACAGAUGUAAUGGAUACUUAUAUUAAAAGUUGCGCUGGUUAUUGCGUUAUCACAUACCUACUAGGUGUCGGCGACAGACAUCUAGACAAUCUUCUUCUGACUACAGCUGGUCAUCUGUUCCAUGUAGACUUUGGCUAUAUACUAGGACGUGAUCCUAAACCGCUUCCCCCACCAAUGAAACUCAGCAAAGAAAUGAUUGAAGCCAUGGGUGGUGCUAACAGCGAACAGUAUCAUGAAUUCAGAAAAUACUGCUACACCGCAUUUUUACAUCUUAGAAGGUAUGCUAAUUUGAUACUGAACUUGUUCUCAUUGAUGGUGGAUGCCAAUGUGCCUGAUAUUGCUUUAGAACCGGAUAAAACUGUGAAAAAGGUGCAGGAUAAAUUCCGUUUAGAUUUAAGUGAUGAGGAGGCGGUACUGUACAUGCAGACCUUGAUUGAUGUCAGUGCUGCUGCAGUGUUCGCAGCUGUCGUAGAACAGUUCCAUAAAUUUGCCCAGUACUGGAGAAGGUGAAACUGUGAACAGUACAAGUUGAUACGGGGGAUGUGUAAUAACAAAGAUGCAUCAUGUGUGUAUAUGCUGGGCCAUAAAGAUUGUCUUAAUUAUUAUAUUACCGGUAAUACCACAGUCCUAACAGGACUCCAGUUAUGGCAUUGUAUUUUCUACAUUAACAAGAUGCAUCAAUUAUAAGCAAAUGUCACAAAGCAUUUCUGUAGAUUUUUUUGUGAUUGAGUUCCCUUGCCCACGUGGCACAAGAUAUUUAAACAUCGUUAUUAUACAAAGGAAGUUUCAUUUACCAAUUGACAUGUUUGUCUGCGAUUACAUCAGUUGCAUUCAAUAAAUACUACACUGUGCAAUCAAUGUAUAUAACUUUUAUUAUACAAUAAAAAAUAGUUU